CACAUUGAUUUUUACGUUAACUAAAUUCAAAACCCUAGAGGUAUAGUAAAACUUAAUGUGACUACAAUCUACAGUCAUUUUCAUCCCUUCUACUUUCUUCCUCCAUUAUCUUUCCAAAAUAAAAUUCUGGAGGGAGAUCACUAUAACGUACAAAAUUUCUUACCCUCAAACGUCGAGUGUCACUCUAGUUAUCACAACACUGUCUUAUAUCUUGAGCUUGUCGAUCAAGUAUACAUCAAUAGUAUACAUCAAUUUGUAAAUCCUGAAAUAGCGAACAGAAGUUUUAAAAUAUAAAUAAAUAAUUUGAAAUAAACUUGGUAGCAAUGUCUUCAAAAAAUUUACAUAGCGAAGAAUAUUUUGACAACAAUGAAAGUGAUGAUUGCGAACAAUAUGACAAUGAUGAUCAGGAAGACAUUAAAAACACCCAAUUAAUGACAGCGGAAGAGAAACGCGCCCACCACAAUGCAUUGGAAAGAAAACGUCGCGAUGGGAUAAAAGAAAAUUUUCUUGAGCUCAAAGAGACAGUGAAUGCCCUGAUGCCAGGAAACAAAGCAACGAGUCGAACUCAAAUUUUGAGAAAAUCUGCUGCUUUUAUCAGAAUGAUGGAAAAUAAAAAUGCUCGUCAUGAACAGGAUAUUCUUAUUCUAAAAAGACAAAAUGAGUUAUUACAUCAACAAAUACUUGCUAUUGAAAAUACUUUGACCCGUCGUGAAGCAGGUGUGGAUGUCGGAGAUAGCUCGAUUCCGGACCAUGAAAUAAAAAUUGAAAAUUCUUCUGGUUCCGAGUCCUCAGAAUCUUCAGGGUCUUCAGAGUCUUCAGAAUCAUCAGAAUCUGAACAAUAAUAUAAAUAUAAAGUAUUG